UAGAUUUCCAAAACGAAACUGAUCAUGAAAUUCACACUAUUUUAUAAAGAAACGGCAGCGCUGUGCACUUUUUGGGGUCUUUCUCGGCGCAGCAACUCGCCGGUUUUAUCUCCGUCAAAAUUUUGCUAAAAAAUGAUCAGAAACGCAUUUUCUAGGGCGCUUGUCGCCGGAAGGGCAGGUUUUUUGCAAGUAGCACCCCAAAGUGCAUCAGUUGCGGGAUGUCGUCACAUGUCGAAGGUGGCGGAGUCGGAUGAGCAGCUGACCGCCAGAUAUGUCCAGUACUUCGAGAGCAAGGACAUCGACCACUGGUGGCUGAGCAAGCACAUCAACGACCUGGCCGGCACUGACGCCGUGCCGGAGCCGGACAUCAUCAAGGCGUGUUUGCACGCGUGCCGCCGGCUCAACGACAUCGCCAUGGCCGUCCGCUUCAUGGAGAUUGUCCACUUUAAGUGCGGCAAUAGGGUCAAGGAGAUCUACCCCUACGUGCUGCAGGAGGUGGGCCCCACGCUCAACGAGCUGGGCAUCCCGACCCCGGAGGAGCUCGGCAUGGACAAGCCGCAGCUGGCGCUGGAGGAUGUGUACGAUAUGUGAGAGCGAGGCGCGCGCGUAUGUCCGCCAAGACUGCUUAGCUGAGACGGGUGUGGGGCCGUGCACAGCUGCGGACCGCCCAGCCACCGGCCAAGUGUAAUUGAUUGUAUGUCAAAUGCUAUAAUACAAACAGGAUGACCGGU